AGAUACGGCGGGGUUUCAAUUCAUUGUCAGAACAUCAGAUCGACGCUUGGAUGACGACGAUCGCAGGGCCGCCGUGAGCCAUGCAUCAAAAGCUCGGUGGAAACACCGGAAAGACCGCCAGAUGCACUCGUGGAUUGAUCCCGCUCGUAGUUUGAAGCGCCCAAACAAGUCAGAUACACCUAACUUGCCUGCAAUCCCCCUUCCCAGUCUCAGGCGGAUUGGUGGAGACUUCUCCGCCACACAGUUACCCCAAGGCAUCGAACCUGCCAUGAUACAGGAACUGGUCAAACUCAUCGAUAUUGACAAGGUUGGCGUCUAUCCCUACGAGAUCUGCCUUCAAGUACAUCCCGUCCAGCGAGGCUGGUUUCCUUACAUGAUCAGCGACCUCUGCUGCAUCCACUCGAUGAUGUUCUCAGUCCACGCAUUUGUCGGCAAUUCUACCUGCAGUGACCAAGUCAGCCGCUUAGCAGCUUUUCACUAUGACCAAGCCUUGCAGCUUCUACAGGCUCGCAUCAAUGACUUUGGGCAUGGUCUGCGGAACGCCGUAUUCGGCGACUCCACCCUGAUGGUCAUUAUCACUCUGGCCAUGGCUGCCGAGCUCGCGGGAGAUUUUGUGGCUGCACAGAAUCACGUUGAUGGCCUUCUCAAAAUCGUCGGCCUACGAGGAGGUCUGAGGUCUUUGGACACGCAUACUAAUGUCCAAGUCAAGGUCUGCAGGGCCGAUCUGGAUCUGGCAUUACGGUUGGGCAUCCCACCACGUCUGUUCCGUGAUCAGAUCGACUGGGAUUGCUUCAUCGCGGAUCGUGGUUUGAUCCGAUGCAACCAUGAACAUCACGAGCUCCAUAUAUCCGCUUUCGUGGACACCUUGGACUCCAAAUUGAGGGAUUGCUGGAAAGACAUCCAUGCCUUUUCUUGCUUAAGCAAUCUAGCCUACCAGACCACCCAGAAGCUGUCGCCAGAAACAUACAAUGAGAUGAUGAUAUCUAUCUUCUACCGACUCACCCAUCUUUCUUUCGAGGACGACCUUUCGCAUGAAAUAAUCCGGUUGGCGUUGCUGACCUUCUGCUCGACACUGUUUCUGACACGGCUUUAUCUGGGACAACCAUAUGAGCGUCUGUUCGACCUUUUCAGUUCCACCUUGUCCAGGUUAUGUCAAGAUCCAGGCACCGUUGUGCCGGACUCAAUAACGCUAUGGCUGAUGAUCUUGCAUCACGUGGUUGCAGAUAAAGAAUCCUCUUCUGAAGCGUGGGAGAGCGUCCAACUCAGCAAGGCGAUCGCCCUUACCAGGAUGGACACGUGGUCGCAGGCUCACCAAGUCCUAAGGUCCAUCAUGUGGGUCGACUUUGUCCAUGAUGCCCCAGGAAGGAGGGUGUUCGAUGCAGCCAGAAAGCGGAUGGGGGACCUCGAAGCCGGUGAUAUCGAUCGUGCUUCAUCUGGGUGCACGCGACUUGGACUGUCCAAGCCAACGGACCUUUGAAACCUGAGGCGCACUCAACUGGGACAUGAUGGUCAAAUAUCACUGUCCG